GCGACUAAAGCAUCGAAGCAAUGGAGGGAACAUCAAGCUCCUCCGCCGGCGGCCACACCCACACCGUCGUGAUAAAUGCCCUGACUAGCCGGGGCUGGUGCUUCAGAGACGUCGAAUACUUGAAAUCUCUGGUCACUGAAAUCGCUUCCUUGAUCGGCGCCGGUAAUCAAACAGGCGCGGUCGUGGAGUCAGUGGAGGCGGAGCUGCUUAACAUGGAUAUUAAGUUAAUCGGAGGUAAGUCCCUCCCAGACCCGACCGAGUUACGCAGGUGUUCUCAUCUUCAAGGCCCCAAAGUUCUCCAGAUAAGUUCUGUUAGGGAUGUUACAAGAAGUAGCGCAGAGGAAUUUUUGGGAAGUUCGACUGGUAAACGAGUGCUAAAAUUCGCUCUGACUGAUGGCAAGACCGAGAUAUCCGCGCUUGAGUACUCUCAUAUACCAUCGAUUAACAAUGAUGUAACUCCUGGUACUAAGGUCCGUCUAGAAAAUAAGGCUGUGAUACGUGACGGUUUAGUAUGUUUGACUCCGAAAGAGGUGACUGUAUUGGGCGGUUAUGUGCAAUCACUCACUGAAGAAUGGCAGAUGAAGAAAAAAUACGCUAAUUUGGCUCGAUCUCAGGAAAGCAAAGCUGGUGUUGGCCCUCCUCCAUUUGAGGAGUUGCAGAUUCGAACAGGUUCCCAUCACCGGGAUUACAACAGGACGACUUCUAGGAACAUUGUAACUACUGCUGCAGAAAGCUCUGUAAAACACGCUGGUGUAGAAAGAGGUGAAAGUAGUGAAGUUGAUGGGAACAAAAGAGGCACAGAUAAGAAUAUACAGAGGAAUCCUGCAGAUUCUGAUCCAAAAAUAUCUGUCAAAGUCGAAAAUCAGGAAAAGCCAAGCAGUUCCGAUACACGACCUAAACAAGUGGUGGAAGCUGUUCCUUUACAGAACCAAGCGGCUGCGCAGAUACUUCUCGAGAAGAUGAAACAUUCAAGUUCAAAUGACCAGCAAUACCAAGGAAGAAGAGGUAGAGGUAGAGGUAGAGGUAGAGGGAGGGGGAGGGAAGAAGAAGACUCUGCAGUAUUUACACUAGAUGAGUGGGAAAAGAGGAAUACUGGCAGGGGAGUUCUUCCAACAGCUGACCAUCCGAGCGACACUACCCGCGAUGAAGAUCUUGCAUGGCAGCUUCAGAAUCAGUUUGAUCUGGAAGAAUCUUAUGAACAGGAGGUGCAUGGAACCGGGGCAGCGGAUAUAAGAAUGAAUAUGUUUGAUUACGGAAGACCAGACGAUAACUUUGGUCAUGGAAGAGGAAGAGGAGGAAGAGGAAGAGGUAGAGGGCGAGGACAUAGGCGGGGAAGAGGACGUGUGUAGAUUGUAAUGAAAUCAUCCAGGCUUGUGGUGUGGCAGCUCUGAUUCUGUACAUGGUGUUUUAGGGUGAUUCAGAUUUUCGUGGGAGGUUUUGAAUUUGAACAUAGAGGCUGCUAAGUCAUUUAUCUUUCUUUGUGGCUAUAGUAGUACUUUGUGAAAAGACGUUGAAGUUCACCAGUACCUUCCUCAACCACUCAUCUGAAGUGAGACACUCUUAAAAUGAAGUUUACAUUACAAC